AUGUUAUGUUUACUUCUCGCAGCAUUAUUCAGCGCUGCAAAUGUCCUAGCGCACCGACCUACUGCUGCAUUGUCUUCCGUGAGCCAGGCAGCAUGGGCGGCGUUUAACGAGUCGGUUAACGGGCAUCUGUACAAUGGCGAACCGUUCCUGGCUCCUUGUUAUUUCCAAUACGAUGGGCAGGCCCAGGGGUCAGAUGUUAAGGAAUGUACUGUUCUGCAAAACGGCAGAACCAAUGGGCGCUUUACUUCUGACCAUUUUGGUGGAUACCGACAAUCUAACUGGGGCGCAUGCCAGGCCACUGGUAAAGGUUGCACGUUUGACGUGGAAUUGACAGGCCCCGAGUCUUCUACCGAAGUAUGCUAUCAAGGCAGCGUCUCGUCGAAAUUCGUAGAUGCUCGCAGCGUGGAGGAUAUCCAGGCGACGCUAGCUUUCGCUGAGAAGAACAAUCUGCAUUUGGUGAUCAAGAACACUGGUCAUGACUACACAGGCCGCAGCUCUGGUGCAGGCUCUUUAGGCUUAUGGACGCACCAUAUUCAACCGCCACUCAAGCUGGGGCAGGACUUCGUCCCAGAAGCUUGCACUGAAGCCGUGGGAGACGCUAUCACCUUUGGCGCUGGGCAGCAGUUCUCGGGGAUCUACGAAUUCGCCCAUCAACAUAACUAUCGCGUAGUGGGAGGCGCUUCAAACACCGUUGGUGCAGCCGGCGGCUGGAUCACUGGCGGCGGGCACAGUAUGCUUUCAAAUGAGCUCGGACUGGGCGUGGAUAACGCUCUACAGCUGAGGGCCGUUCUUCCCAAUGGUACUUAUGUCACGGCCAAUCGGUGUCUAAACCAGGACAUCUUUUACGCCCUCCGAGGCGGCGGAGGCGGCACAUUUGGAGUGGUUACGGAAAUGAGCAUGCUCGUCCACCCCGAAAAGCCUACAAUCCUCGCGCUGGCCACUUUUCCGAAUAUCAGUUUCGCCACUGCAUCGCAGUUUAUCUCCGUCGCCGUCGCCAAUGCCGACAAAUGGGCUUCUGAAGGUUGGGGAGGAUACAUCCAACUCGGCCCACUGGGCUACGGCGUCUCGACCUUCUUCAUGUCUACGUCACUGCUCAACCUAUCCGCUGCUGAGGCUUCAAUGAAGCCUGUCACAGACCUUGCAAGCAGUCUCGGUACACUCGCGACGGGCAGUGUGACCCUCUUCGACACAUAUUACCAUGUCAUACAAGCUCUCAUUGGCGAUGAAUCAUCGUCCGGCCUGAGCGGAGGCGGCCCGAUGGCUGUAUCCUCCCGAAUCAUACCGCGGCGGUCCUUCCAAGGCACAACCAACCAGAAUAAACUCACAUCCAUUCUCACCAAAAUCCUCACAGAUUCCCAGAGCGACUACCACAGUCCGACCUCACCAGUGGCGCCUCUCUUUAUAUGCGUCACUGCGCCGACGAUCUACUCUCAAAACCUCCCUGAGUCAGACCGACCCGGAAGACCAGGCGCUUCUUCCGUAACAAUUGCCUGGCGCACGGGGCUCUGGCAUUCCGUCCAUAUUUUACCAUUCGCAGACAGCACAAUUGGCCAUCCUAAUGCAGUGCGGGAUAUUUUCCAGGCGGUUCACGAUAGGAUGAAUCCGCUGCGGCAUUUUACGCCGCAUGCAGGGGCGUAUCUAAAUGAAGCCGACACCUUCGAGACGGAUCCUAUAGACUCAUUCUGGGGGAAGGAGAAUUAUGCCCGGCUGUUAGCCAUCAAGGAGGAGAUCGAUCCAACGAAUCUCCUAACCGUGCAUCAGGGAGUGGGGUGGGAGAGUAGCGAUACGCGGUAUAAAUGUUAUCCGGGCUUGGAUAUUGUAUGA